CGGUUUCCUGUCUCAGACUUGACUCCGGCGCUGAGAUAUGGGGAGCUCCGCCAGCCGACUCAAGGACCUGCACUCCCCCUUCACCAUCAACUUCUGCCGCAAGGAGGGCGAGGCCGAGGAGAAGGAGCUGGAGGAGCCGCUGACCGCCACCGAGAAGCCCAGCAGCCAAGCCAACGGAACUCAGAACCAGAAAUGUCUGCGGGUCAGGAACUGGGAGAACCGGACGCUGGCAUACGACACGCUGAAUGUCCAGACGGAGCAGGAUGUGGCCUGUACCAAAGCCCGAUGUCUGGGCUCCAUGAUGUUUCCAUCUCAGCUGAUGUGUCCCCAACCACAAGAACCAAAAAGUCCAGAAGAAAUUCUUCCCAAGGCCAAAGACUUCAUAAACCAGUACUACAUCUCCAUCAAAAGGGCCCAGUCCAAAGCACACACCGAGCGUCUGAAGGAGGUUGAGCAGGAGAUAACGUCCACGGGAACCUACCAACUCAAGGAGACCGAGCUGAUCUUUGGAGCCAAGCAGGCGUGGCGGAACGCGUCUCGAUGUGUGGGCCGCAUUCAGUGGUCAAAGCUCCAGCUGUUUGAUGCCAGAGAUUGCAGGACCACCCAUGAGAUGUUCACCAACAUCUGCAACCACAUCAAGUACGCCACCAACAAAGGCAACAUCAGGUCGGCCAUCACCAUCUUCCCGCAGAGAAAAGAUGGAAGCUCAGAUUUCCGAAUAUGGAACAGUCAGCUGAUCCGAUACGCGGGGUACAGCCAGCAAGACGACACGGUGGUGGGGGAUCCAGCCAACGUGGAGCUAACUGAGCUCUGUGUUCAGCUUGGCUGGAAGCCAAAAGGUGGAAGAUUUGACGUGUUACCUCUCCUGCUGCAAGCCAAUGGGGACGACCCGAAACUCUUUGAGAUUCCUCCAGAGCUCAUUCAGGAGGUGCCCCUUCGACACCCACAAUAUGAAUGGUUCGCAGAGCUGGGAUUGAAGUGGUACGCCUUACCCGCUGUCAGUAGCCUCCUCCUGGAGAUCGGAGGUCUGGAGUUCCCGGCGGCACCAUUUAAUGGCUGGUAUAUGAGCACCGAGAUUGGGAUGCGGAACCUGUGUGACUCCUCCCGAUACAACAUAUCCGAGGACGUGGCUAAACGCCUGGGCCUGGACACCAAGAAAACCUCAUCGCUGUGGAAGGACCGGGCAGCUCUGGAGAUAAACAUUGCCGUCCUGUACAGCUACCAGAGCGAUAAAGUCACCAUUGUAGACCACCAUGCCGCUACAGAGUCCUUCAUGAAGCAUCUGGAACAUGAGACCCGCCAGCGGGGAGGCUGCCCGGCAGACUGGGUGUGGAUCGUCCCUCCGAUGUCAGGAAGUCUGACCCCCGUAUUCCACCAGGAGAUGGUCAACUACCACCUGUCCCCUUCCUUCCUCUAUCAGCCGGACCCCUGGAAGUAUCACAUUUGGAAGGGUUCUCAGAGCACCAUCACCCGGAAGAGGACCUUCAAAGAAGUUGCCAAUGCUGUGAAAUUCUCCGCCAAGCUGAUGGGGAAGGCCAUGGCCCGCCGGGUAAAGGCCACCAUCCUGUAUGCCACCGAGACCGGCCGCUCCGAGACCUACGCUCACAAACUCUGCAACAUCUUUGCUCACGCCUUUGACCCCAAGGUCAUCUGUAUGGACCAGUACGACACCAUCAGCCUGGAGCAUGAGACGCUGGUAUUGGUGGUGACCAGCACCUUUGGCAACGGUGAUCCUCCAGAGAAUGGGGAGACCUUCGCCCAGGAGUUGAUGGAGAUGACGUCUCCCAACGUGUCCUCUCUGCAGCCAGAACAGCAGAAGAGCUAUAAGACUCGAUUUAACAGCGUCUCCCAGACCGACCUCCUGGUCACCGCCUGGAAGAAUAAGAGGAAGGAAUCGAGUAACACGGACAGCGCCGGGCCCCUGGGCACACUCAGGUUCUCGGUGUUCGGUUUGGGGUCCCGGGCGUACCCCCACUUCUGUGCGUUCGGUCAUGCGGUGGACACCCGGCUGGAGGAGUUGGGAGGAGAGCGGAUCCUGGAGAUGGGGGAGGGGGACGAGCUGUGCGGACAGGAGGACUCCUUCCGGGUGUGGGCAAAGGCAGUCUUCAAGGCGGCGUGUGACACGUUUUGUGUCGGUGACGACAUCGAUCUGAACGUUCAGGAUUUCUUUAAGGCCAAAGGCAGCUGGCAGCGCUCAAUGUACAGGAUGUCCAUCCAGGCCUCCUCCCCCGACCUCAUCACAGGACUCUCUCAGGUGCACAGGAGGAAAGUCUAUGAGGCCGUCUUCCUAUCCAGGGAGAACCUGCAGAGUGACCAGUCCAGCCGCUCCACCAUCCUGCUAAAGUUGAACACAGAGGGGCAGAAGGAGCUCUGUUAUUCCCCCGGUGACCAUCUCGGGGUGUUCCCAUGUAACCGGGAAGAGCUGGUCCUGACACUGCUGGAGAGGGUGGAGGACCCCCCGCCGGCGAAUGACACCGUCCUGGUGGAGACGAUGGAGAAAGACUCCAACAACCGAUUGGGAUCCGGACGGAAAGUCAACUGGGUCUCGGACACUCGGAUCCCCCCCUGUACGUUGCGUCAGGCCCUGACCAAUUACCUGGACAUCACCACGCCCCCCACACCCCAGUUCCUGCAGCUGCUGAGUGUCCUGUGUGAGGACCCCACCGAGAGGCAGAGGCUGGAGACCCUGAGCCAGGACGCCCGGCAGUACGAGGAGUGGAAAUGGUUCCGAUGCCCCAAUCUGGUGGAGGUUCUGGAGGAGUUCCCAUCAAUCUCCAUCCCCAGUUCCCUCCUCCUCACACAGUUGCCUCUGCUCCAGGCCCGCUACUAUUCCAUCAGCUCCUCUAUGGACACUUGCCCUGACCAGAUCCACCUCACCGUGGCCGUAGUGUCGUACCGCACUCAGGAAAAUAAAGGUCCUCUGCACUACGGGGUCUGCUCAACGUGGCUGGACCAGCUCUGCCUCGGCUCCUCCGUCCCUUGCUUCGUCCGCGGAGCCCCCACUUUUCACCUCCCAGCAGAUACAAAAGCCCCCUGCAUUCUUGUGGGCCCCGGAACCGGAAUUGCCCCCUUCAGAGGGUUCUGGCAGCAGAGACUGUAUGACAUUGAAAACAAAGAUGUGGUUCCCGGUGAAAUGACGCUGGUCUUCGGCUCCCGCUGUGCAGAACUCGAUCACAUCUACAAGGAGGAAACCUACGACGCCCGGCAGAGAGGAGCCUUCACCGAGAUCUACACCGCCUUCUCCCGCCAGCCCGACUGCCCCAAGACCUAUGUACAGGACAUCCUGCGGACACAGCUGGCCAAUCAGGUACAUGAUGUGCUGCGAAACAAGAACGGACAUAUGUACAUUUGCGGAGAUGUCACCAUGGCAACCGACGUCCUACAGACCGUCCAGCUCAUCCUGGUGUCUCAGGGGGACAUGAGUAUCAUCGAGGCCGGAGACUUCAUAGGGGAGCUGAGGGACCAGAACAGAUAUCAUGAAGACAUUUUUGGCAUCACACUUCGGACGCAUGAAGUGACGACACGCGUGCGGUGUCAGUCCAUGUCCCUACAGGACAAGCGGGAGACUUUAUAGGGUGUGACGGUCUCGGUCACAUUGGGAGAUGCGUCUUCUAUACACGGAGGUGUAAAUCCUCCAACCACAAACCUUUCUGCAUCCAGACUGUGCGCUGACCAAUCAGACAGCAGGCACCAUUAGGACAUGCACUAGAUGAUAACCUUCUUUUUUGAUUGGCCCUAUUGCAGUAUCCAUUGCCUUAACAUUGUGUCACCACCACCAGGCCACGUAUGAAAUAUAAUCCUGCUCUUUACGUGGAUCGAUCCCAGGAGAGGUGGACGGUCCUGAUUCCUGGGAUUGAAGGGGAUCUACAUGAAGAUCGAUCAGCUUCUGUUGAGUAUUAAUAAAUCGGAGUUGGCCAUACGGAUCAUCGGUUGACCAGCAACCAGUGCCGCCACCGGGGUGAGAGGCGUCCGGCAAUUCCGUGGUGACAUUUGUUUCUGGUGAACCAUGAUGCCGGCUUCACUGGGCAAAACCAUAAAAUUCAAUCCCGAUAGAGCAAGCCAAGACCAUCGAUGGUCAGAUCCAAUACGAUCGAUUGGUGGUGGGUCACCUCGAUGUGAUCGUUUUCUAUGAUUAAAAUCUGCUGGAAAUGAGUUAAACUGGCCUUUGUGACUACCAUCAGGUGUGGGGUCAGGUGACCGGUCUAGGGGGCGAUGUUGGCUGUAGGUGUGGGGUCAGGUGACCGGUCUAGGGGGCGAUGUUGGCUGUAGAUGUGGGGUCAGGUGACCGGUAUAGGGGGCGAUGUUGGCUGUAGGGUCAGGUGACCGGUCUAGGGGGCGAUGUUGGCUGUAGGUGUUGGGUCAGGUGACCGGUCUAGGGGGCGAUGUUGGCUGUAGGUGUGGGGUCAGGUGACCGGUCUAGGGGGCGAUGUUGGCUGUAGGUGUGGGGUCAGGUGACCGGUCUAGGGGGCGAUGUUGGCUGUAGGUGUGGGGUCAGGUGACCGGUCUAGGGGGCGAUGUUGGCUGUAGGUGUGGGGUCAGGUGACCGGUAUAGGGGGCGAUGUUGGCUGUAGGGUCAGGUGACCGGUCUAGGGGGCGAUGUUGGCUGUAGGUGUUGGGUCAGGUGACCGGUCUAGGGGGCGAUGUUGGCUGUAGGGUCAGGUGACCGGUCUAGGGGGCGAUGUUGGCUGUAGGUGUGGGGUCAGGUGACCGGUCUAGGGGGCGAUGUUGGCUGUAGGGUCAGGUGACCGGUCUAGGGGGCGAUGUUGGCUGUAGGUGUGGGGUCAGGUGACCAGUCUAGGGGGCGAUGUUGGCUGUAGGUGUGGGGUCAGGUGACUGGUCUAGGGGGCGAUGUUGGCUGUAGAUGUGGGGUCAGGUGACCGGUCUAGGGGGCGAUGUUGGCUGUAGGUGUGGGGUCAGGUGACCGGUCUAGGGGGCGAUGUUGGCUGUAGGGUCAGGUGACCGGUCUAGGGGGCGAUGUUGGCUGUAAGUGUGGGGUCAGGUGACUGGUCUAGGGGGCGAUGUUGGCUGUAGGUGUGGGGUCAGGUGACCGGUAGAGGGGGCGAUGUUGGCUGUAGGUGUGGGGUCAGGUGACCGGUAGAGGGGAGCGAUGUUGGCUGUAGGUGCGGGGUCAGGUGACCGGUCUAGGGGGCGAUGUUGGCUGUAGGUGUGGGGUCAGGUGACCGGUCUAGGGGGCGAUGUUGGCUGUAGGUGUGGGGUCAGGUGACCGGUCUAGGGGGCGAUGUUGGCUGUAGGUGUGGGGUCAGGUGAUCGGUCUAGGGGGCGAUGUUGGCUGUAGGGUCAGGUGACCGGUCUAGGGGGCGAUGUUGGCUGUAGGGUCAGGUGACCGGUAGAGGGGGCGAUGUUGGCUGUAGGUGUGGGGUCAGGUGACCGGUCUAGGGGGCGAUGUUGGCUGUAGGUGUGAGGUCAGGUGACCGGUCUAGGGGGCGAUGUUGGCUGUAGGUGUGGGGUCAGGUGACCGGUGUAUAGGGGGCGAUGUUGGCUGUAGGUGUGGGGUCAGGUGAUCGGUGUAUAGGGGGCGAUGUUGGCUGUAGGUGUGGGGUCAGGUGACCGGUCUAGGGGGCGAUGUUGGCUGUAGGUGUGGGGUCAGGUGACCGGUCUAGGGGGCGAUGUUGGCUGUAGGGUCAGGUGACCGGUCUAGGGGGCGAUGUUGGCUGUAGGUGUGGGGUCAGGUGACUGGUCUAGGGGGCGAUGUUGGCUGUAGGUGUGGGGUCAGGUGACCGGUAGAGGGGGCGAUGUUGGCUGUAGGUGUGGGGUCAGGUGACCGGUAGAGGGGAGCGAUGUUGGCUGUAGGUGCGGGGUCAGGUGACCGGUCUAGGGGGCGAUGUUGGCUGUAGGUGUGGGGUCAGGUGACCGGUCUAGGGGGCGAUGUUGGCUGUAGGUGUGGGGUCAGGUGACCGGUAGAGGGGGCGAUGUUGGCUGUAGGUGUGGGGUCAGGUGACCGGUCUAGGGGGCGAUGUUGGCUGUAGGUGUGAGGUCAGGUGACCGGUCUAGGGGGCGAUGUUGGCUGUAGGUGUGGGGUCAGGUGACCGGUGUAUAGGGGGCGAUGUUGGCUGUAGGUGUGGGGUCAGGUGACCGGUCUAGGGGGCGAUGUUGGCUGUAGGUGUGGGGUCAGGUGAUCGGUCUAGGGGGCGAAGUUGGCUGUAGGGUCAGGUGACCGGUUUAGGGGGCGCUGUAGGUGUGGGGUCAGGUGAUCGGUGUAUAGGGGGCGAUGUUGGCUGUAGGUGUGGGGUCAGGUGACCGGUCUAGGGGGCGAUGUUGGCUGUAGGUGUGGGGUCAGGUGACCGGUCUAGGGGGCGAUGUUGGCUGUAGGUGUGGGGUCAGGUGACCGGUCUAGGGGGCGAUGUUGGCUGUAGGUGUGGGGUCAGGUGACCGGUCUAGGGGGCGAUGUUGGCUGUAGGUGUGGGGUCAGGUGACCGGUAGAGGGGGCGAUGUUGGCUGUAGGUGUGGGGUCAGGUGACCGGUCUAGGGGGCGAUGUUGGCUGUAGGUGUGAGGUCAGGUGACCGGUCUAGGGGGCGAUGUUGGCUGUAGGUGUGGGGUCAGGUGACCGGUGUAUAGGGGGCGAUGUUGGCUGUAGGUGUGGGGUCAGGUGACCGGUCUAGGGGGCGAUGUUGGCUGUAGGUGUGGGGUCAGGUGAUCGGUGUAUAGGGGGCGAUGUUGGCUGUAGGUGUGGGGUCAGGUGACCGGUGUAUAGGGGGCAAUGUUGGCUGUAGGUGUGGGGUCAUGUACUGGUGUAUAGGGGGCAAUGUUGGCUGUAGGUGUGGGGUCAGGUGACCGAUCUAGGGGGCGAUGUUAGGUGUGGGGUCAGGUGACCGUUUAGGGGGCGCUGUUGGCUGUAGGUGUGGAGGACGGUGUUGGGUGUACAGAAGAUCGGACUGUAUUUUCUCUGGUAUUUUUAUUUAUCCAAUGAUUAAAUAUUGAAGAUGAUU